AUGCCCGCGCGUGUGCUCUCCCCAUCCACGACGACUUCGUACGUCCACGUCGACGGCGACGUUUUCGGCGACGGUCGCGCGUUCGAGGUCGUCCUCGACCUCCCCGGGGUGACGUCCGCGCGCGACGUGUCCGCGGACGUCGUGGACGCGCGAUCCGCGUACGGCGUCUCCACCUCGCGCGCGCUCGCGGUCCGCGCGUCCGCGAAUGCGCUUGACGGCGGCGAGGACGUCGAGUACCUCGCGAGCGUGACGCUCCCGGCGGACGUUCGAUGCGACGCGUCUUCGCCGAGAGUGAAGUUCAACGCGCGACGCGCGCGCCUCGCCGUGACGUUCGACGCCGCGGACGAAGACGCGCGCGCGAUGACGUCGGAAACUGACGCGAAGGAGGGAUGCGCCGCGGACGAGGCGGACGAGGACAACCCGCUCGCGGAGUACCUCGCGAUGCUCGGCGUGAACGAGGACGGAACCCCGCGCGCAUCCGCCGUCGCCGCCGCCCACGACGACGCGAACGCCGCGGCCGCCGCUGAAGACGACGCGAACGCCGCGGCCGCCGCUGAAGACGACGCGAACGCGCCGACGGCGUCGACCUCGACGACGACGAUUCGUCCAGCAGCUGGCGCGCACGCUCGCGGGGACCCGGUGACCACGAGAUCGUCGUCGUCGCGCGCGCUCGAUCGAAGGACGACGAAUCCGAAAAAAACGAAACGCAAAUCGCACCCGCGGCCGCGUCUCGCGCCGCUUCGAUGCGUUCGAACCGCGCGAACGGUCCAGGCGGUGUCGGACCUCGCGGACCACCUCACGGAGGGUCUGAACGCGGUCGGGUGGGCGACCGCGCCGUUCAUGACGUCGGACGCUGUCGCGUUGGCGCGCGAGGAGAUUAAGAACGUCGCGCCGUUUUACACCCCGGGAGAGGUGUGGCUCGGGAAGUCGUCCGCGACGGGGGCGCAGAUCGCCGUGAAGUCGAUUCGCGGCGAUCGCAUCUUCUGGAUGGUCCCAGAGCAGAUCGAGAUGGGGGGGUUCGUCGUCUUUCGCGAGAUGCUGCGCGCGAUCGACGACUUGGUUUUGGAUCAACUCUCGCGGCGCGCGCCCGCGCGAUUAGGGGGUUUAUCGGACCGCACGCACGCGAUGCUCGCGGAGUACCCUGGACGAGGAUCGCGAUUCGUUCGACACGUGGACAACACCGGUAAAGACGGGCGACGACUCACGGUGUUGUGUUACUUGAACGAGGACUGGGACGGUAAGAACGGCGGCCAUCUGAAGGUGUACGACCGCGACGGCAACGGCGAUGGCGACGGCGACCGAGGCGGCGGCCGAGUGACGAGCGUGACCCCCGCAGGGGGCACGCUCGCGAUGUUCUACUCGGACGAGAUCCCGCACGAGGUGCUGCCAUCGCACGCGACCAGGCACUCGUUCACCGUGUGGUAUUACGACGACGACGAGCACAAAGCGGCGACGUCGCGCGCGGGGGACGCCGCCGUGGCGGAUUCGCGAACGACGCACGCCCCAGCGACGUCGACGUCGGACGCGCGAAACUUGGGCGCCGACCGACAGACCUGCGCCGACCUGGACCUGGACGAACAACGGCAAGACAUAUCCGAUCGCGCGGCGACCGCGUUCGUGCGAACGCUGAUGACGGAACGCGUGACGCCCGCGGAGGCGACCGCUCUGGCGGCGCGACUGGAUCCGAGAGCGUCCGUCGCCGUCGCGAGCGUGUUCGGCGCCCCAGACGUGGAGGUGCGUCCUACGCACCGCUCCCCGUGCGACCGCGUUCGCGCGGUGCACGCCGUUCCUUGA